AUGACCUCUCAGUCCGCCUCCAGAAAGCGUAAACGCGGAGCAGGAGAUGUGGACAAAAUCACAUUCCAGAUCUCUAGUCGUUCAGAGUCUCAGAUAGGCCCCGUUCUAGCUAGUUUUCCUGCUGUGCAGCCACCGCAAGGCACAUCGUUCAAAUGUUGGAGACGUGACAAGAAUGGGAAGACAGACGAGCCUUUUGCCUCACAAGAUACUUUAAUAGCAGGAGAGACAGACGCGGUCGAGUUCUUUACCUCUAGUGAAGCCAAGGAGGCAUCGGUCGGUUGCAGUUAUUAUGUCGGCGUGUACGACAAGCGGACGAAUAUAACCACGAUUCGUCCAGCACCGCUUCACAUUCUGUCCCGGCAGGUCAAGGCGUUGAAGAACUUGGCGCCGCUAGAGACUACUACGGAGGAGCGUGUGCAACUGCGCAAUAAGCUGGGCGAAACCUUCGGCACGAAAAAGGCAAAGGCUGCUAUCCGUGCCCUGGAGCGGAACAGAGUGGACGUAGAUGCGAUGAAGGGAGUUGCGAGCCAUUUGCAAGACACGAUUAUGGAAAACACGGGCAGUCUGCCUACGCUAGAGCAAGCCAAAGCGUCUGCGGACAGCAGUCGACUCAUUCCUCCGUACAACGCGGAUGCACAGAGGCCAGACGAUGUCUACAUACUCUCUGACAUCAUCCCAGACGCCGAAUUCAAUGUGCUCUCUAUUGCAGCGUUCAAGUCAGCAGAGUCAAAUCAGCAGCGCGCGGCGCUCCUGCCGUUCUCGCGCUCGAACUGGGUCAACCAGCACAUGGCUCUGUUAUUCAGUGCGCCGAAGUUAAGGAAGACAGACAUGAAAGUCUUGCUGUACAUCUCGGCUAUGAUGGCGUUCAAAAUGGCCUCACGAUCCGUCAAUGACAAAGAGGCACUACAAAAGCGUUUGAGCGGUGUCCCUCAGACUGUUAUUGAUGGGCUCCUCUCCCGGUUCACGGAAACGACACGAAAUACAAACUCUGUUCAGGUCACGACGCAGACGGAGACGAUGCUGCUCACAUACAUGUUUGCGCUCUGUCUGCGCAUCGACGAUUUUGCCACCGACGCGGAGCUCAUUGCGCAUGACCUGAGCAUGCCGACGCUCACGGUUAAUACACUUUUCAAGACACUUGGUUGCAAGAUAGAGAAGCUUGACCAAAAGGACCUGAAGAGGCUUGGUCUCCCCGAUUCCGCCGGUGCCAAUAAACGUGCCGUCCUUCGGGUACCUGUGCAAUUCCCCCAACCGCGAGCUAAGCGCGCCAGGCGCUAA